AUGACCCAGAAUGUUGUCCCCGCGACGAUGAGGGCGUUGAGACUGACCAACGUACGACUUCACUCAUCCCCUUUCCAGGGACUCAACAACCUUGAAACAGAAACCAAGUUGACAAUUGAACAGUACAACGAGAAUUACCAGCUUCGCACCGAUGUGCCAGUUCCGACUCCCGGACCCGGAGAGCUUCUCAUCCGCGUGGGUGCGGCGGGAUUCUGCCACACCGAUUAUCAGGUCUACCAAGGUGUAUAUGGAACGCAGUUGCCCUUCACGGGCUCACAUGAGCCCGCAGGGACAAUUGUGAAACUCGGUCCGGAGGUACCGGGCGAUUGGAAGGUAGAUGACCGUGUUGGUGUGCUCAAUUUUAGAAACCCAUGCAAUUCUUGCAAUGGAUGUAAAUGGCGGACUAAGUUAUACGGUUCUCUCGAUGCUCGCUAUUGCGAGAACAAAACCAUGAGCGGCAUUUUGAAGGCUGACGGCGGGUUUGCUGAGUAUAUGCUCGCCUCGCACUAUGCACUUGUCCGCUUGCCGCAAAACCUUACCUUUGAACAGGCGGCCCCACUCAUGUGUGCUGGUGCUACUGUAUGGAAUGCAGUCAAGGAGACUGGGCUAGAGAAGGGAGAUUCGGUCGCGGUUGUUGGAAUAGGUGGCCUUGGGGUUCUCGCUGUUCAGUUUGCCAAAGCUCGAGGGUUACGCGUUGUCGCUAUUGACAACCGUGACAUUGGUUUGAAGCUUGCAUCCGAUGUCCCGGCUCACCUGAGACCAGACCUUAUCAUCAACCUCGAGAGCCAUGAUGCUAUUCAAAAGAUUUCCGAGUUCACCGAUGGCAUUGGACUGAGCGGCGCUGUUGUCUGCAAUGACGACGUUGUGGCUAGUGACUGGGCUCUGCAUCGCCUUCAUCCUAGGGGCGUCUGCGUUGUUCUUGGCCUGCCAGAAUCCGGUUUCAAGUUCGACGCUUUUAACUUGGUAUUCCGAGAAAUUGUUGUCAAAGGAUCAUUGCAUUGCCCCGUCGACGAAGUGCAAAAGAUGAUCGAAGCUGUUGUUGAGAAUGGGGUGGUCAGUCACCUUACCAUCCUUCCUCUUGAAGAGGGCCAGGACAUUCCCGAAAGGGCAGCCGCGCAUUCAUUCACUGGGCGACUGGUAGUCACAUUAUAG